AUGACGUCGUUCCACGUCCCCACAUGCUACUUCAAGGGCUGUGCGCGCCUCACGACUGGCGACGCAGUCAAGUGCGAGUUUCACAAGCAACGCUCGAUCUGCCUCGUGCAAGACUGCCGCAACCAAGUCUUUGCCCGCAACCUGUGCGUGCGCCACGGCGGCAAGAAGACAUGCGUCUACGAUGGCUGUCACGAAAACGUUCGGUUAGGGGACCUCUGCGGGAAGCAUGGGGCGGGCUCCACACGCAAGAUGUGCAUCGAAGACGGCUGCAACAAGUUUGCCCAAACCAAACAACGCUGCUCGGCUCACGGGGGGGGGCAGCGAUGCAAACUCCCAGGCUGCACCACCCACGCUCGACGAGGCGGCUUUUGCACCCGACAUACUAACCAAGUUACUCGCAGCACCAUCCUUGUCGAAGACACCGUCAAGCGCGUUCCGCUUUCCAAGAUGAGCUUGCUCGCGAUUCUCAACCACGACUCGUCUGAACUGUAA